AUGCUGCAGUCGGUGCCUGGGGAUUUGCUGAACAUCAAGGCCUUCGCCAGCAGGCCCGAUUUGCUGCAGGUGCUGGGUCACUCGUUCGCGCCGGCGGUGUGCGGGCACGACGUGGUGAAGCAGGGUUUGCUGCUGCAGCUGGCGGGGGGCCGUUUGCUGCAGCAGCAGCAGCACAGAGUGCGGGGGGACAUCCACGUGCUGCUGGUGGGAGACCCAGCAGCAGGAAAGUCGCAGCUGCUGCGGUUCGCGCUGCGGCUGCUGCCGGGGGCGGUCAGCAGCACGGGCCGCGGCAGCAGCGGCGUGGGGCUGACUGCAGCAGUGACUGCAGCAGACGCAGCAGAGCCAGCAGCAGCAGCAGCAGCAGCAGCAGCAGCAAAGCGCGUCGAAGCAGGGGCCAUGGUCUUAGCCGAUAAAUCCCUUAUUUGCAUCGACGAGUUCGACAAAAUGCAAAUCCAAGACAGAGUCGCCAUCCACGAAGUCAUGGAGCAGCAAACGGUGACAGUCGCCAAGGCCGGCAUCUACACCACCCUCAACGCCAGGGACGCGACGACUUGCGAAGAAGACGACCGGCUGGCUGAGGCGGUGCUGCGGAAUGUGACGGAAAAAGCAAAGCCAGCAGCAGCAGCAGCAGCAGCAGCAGCAGCAGCAGGAGUUGCUUCUGGGGACCGCAGGGGACACACUGACAGCUUCAUUCAGCCCCAAGCAGACAUGCUGAAGGCCACGCAUGCAGCAGCAGCAGCAGCAGCAGAUUCGCAGCAGCAGCAGCAGCAGGAAGAGCCAGAGCCUACCCGCGCCUUCUACCACAGAACAGAAAUGCUCUAUUAUGAUAAAAAAGGACGAGAGCACGAAUGCCUAACGCACGAGUUUCUGCGGAUGUACAUAGCCCUGAGUCGGACGGCGAAGCAGCAGCAGCAGCAGCAGCAGCAGCAGCAGCAGCAGCACGGCGGCCAAGAAGGGGAAAGGGAGCCAUCACAGAAGAUGAGGAGAUGGCUGAGGAGAUGGAGGGCCUGGCGAUCACUGAGACGAAAAAAAGGCGAACCCGCCGAGCAGCAGCAGCAGCAGCAGCAGCAGCAGCAGCAGGAGAUGCAGAAGCAGCAGAAGACGGACGGAGGGAAGCGCUGCAGGCCCUUGAUGAACAGGGGCUCAGGUAAAUGUUGCUGA